AUGUCCGACUCCGAGAUUUACGGAUCGGACCCGUACGACAUCAACUUCAACUUCCCCCUCCACUCCGAGUCGCUCGAAAGCGAGCGAGUGCGUCUGACGCCGUUCAUCCCAUCCGUGCACGGCCAGCUCUACUGGGACAACGUCAGCGCGCACCACGACGAGCUCUUCCGGCACUACCCCAUCACACACGGCAGCCUCGCCGAGUUCCUCGCCUACGUGGAGAAAUACUACCGCCGGAACCCCGAGUUCGUCAUGUUCGCGAUCAUCGACAAGACACGAUGCGACGACGCGCACCCGGUGCUCGGCGGCGGGAGCAUGGCGGGCGUGAUUGCGCUGCUGCGCACGUCGCCUACGGAGCUUGUCACCGAGAUCGGAUAUGUGCUAGUCUUCCAGGCGUUCCAACGCACACAUGUCGCGGCGAAUGCGGUGGGAAUCCUGAUGCGAUACUGCCUCGAGCUGCCGAGCGCGUCGCCGCCGGGGCUGGGCUUGCGGAGGGUACAGUGGGUGGCGAGUCCGAACAACCAAGGCUCAAUACGACUGGCGCAGAAGAUGGGGUUCAAGUCGGAGGGCCUGAUGAAGUGGACCCGUGUCUUGCCGCAAGGAGUGGUGGAUACAAGGCCGUGUAGAGAAGGAGAUCCGUACUUUCCGAGGGGCGGAAUGGAUGGCUUCCUGAUGACAGUAUGCUGGGAUGACUGGGAGAGUGGCGAGAGAGAGACAGUGAAGAGAAUGAUAAACCGAUAG